AGCUCUCUGUGUUGUUGUUGUUUGUGGGUGGAAGUAUGUCCAACAUCGGUCGGCGAAAUCAGCACGGCCUGGUGAGCAGCGAGAGUGAUACCACUCCACCCGAUGCUGGUGCUGAUGAAGGUGGGACUAUGGGGGAGCUUGAGGUUAAGUGCUCGGAGAAGGAAGUGUUGGACCGUCAACAGACUAGACAGAUUGAUAAGUUUGAACGCUCUGUUGAGGACUUGGAGGGUCGGCCGAAAGCGAAUCCUACGCUGAUGGUUAAAAAGUAUCAGCGAUCAUCGGCUGAUAAGGUCUAUUCUGCAUCGGACAUACGGACCGAGCAAGCGUGCUACGACUCCAUGAUGUAUCUCCUGGAGAACGUACUCGACUUUGACAUCAAUCCGAAGGAAGGAUAUCAUCCCAAUUGCCAACUUGCUACCUACUUCGACAUCUACUCCUUCCUGCGAGACCGCACUAGAGCAGUGCGAGUCGACAUGCACGUACAGAAUCUCGUGCACUCCCAUGUCUUCACUGACAUUCACGAGUGGUGCCUCCGCUUUGAAAUUCUCAGCAUAUUCCGAUUGUGGGGACGGAACUUUGGAGAAGGUGCUGAUAGGAAGUUCAACUGGCAGUUGUCGUUGAACUCUAUCGCUCAAACUGUGGAUCCCCUCACUCUGAGCUACGUCGUGCAAAAUGACGAUCGGGAAGCUGAUGCGAAGACCGUAACGAAGGAAGCGGCGAUUCACAGGUAUAUUAUUCUCAUACUGCUAUGCAAUGGUGACACGACGCGAGUAUUGUUCUACAUUGACAAGUUGGCUAAGCAACAGCCGAAGGUAUUUGGUCAUCCUAAUGUUCGGUUCGCACUGAACGUGGUGAAUUGGUUCAGAGUAGGGCAGUGGUCACGAGUGUUGCAGACGUACGCGAGCCCGGCUACAGAUUUCCUUACGGCAACAGCAUUGAUGCCUAUUGCCUUCCUCUGCCGUUCUCGUGUGCUCUACGAUGUAGUCCGUACAAACCGGCCGUUCCUAUUGCCCAAGGGGGAGGGGCAUCCGGCGAGAGCCCCGAGGCCUGAACGUGUAUCUCUUAAGUCCAUGCAAGAGAUGCUCUUCCUCGAGGACCCCGCAAUUUGUACGGCUUUUCUCCAGUACCACGGUUGCGAGGUGGUCGACCCAGCAAAGGGGGAAGCAGUUGACAUGUCGGUGGAUGACAUCACUUCUUCUGAGGGACUAGAGUGCCAAUUCCCUCCGAGAAUGCUCAGGUUGCCGUACAAGUGGUGGCUUUCUAGUGACGAAUGGGUGAAUCAGACGCACCAGGAGGUAACGGAGGCCUGGACGUGGGAGCGACGGAAGGCUUUCUCGGAGCAUUUGGGAGAAAGUGUUAAUGCUGAUGGGACUGUCACCAGAUGCACUUUCCCUCAAACAGUGGAUCCAAUAUUGGCUCGAAAGUACGACCUCCUGCUUGAUUCAGGAGUAACACUGAGAGACAUCACUUUGGGGGCUGUGGAUCCGGGAGUUGACGGAACUUCUAUAGUCAAGCCCGCUCGACCUGCGGCGCCUAUAAGACACCUGCCGAAGGAACCCGUGAGAGUCGUCCCACAGAAGACUGCGAUGCUCCUUCCGAAUAAGAAAGCUGCGGCGACCACCGUUGGAGAUUCGAUUUUUGGGGCGACAGGUGUCUCGCAAGGGGAAGCGCCCAUAAGAAAGUCUCCGUUCGGGGCCAUCAGCUCGUCGACGUCAACAAGUCCAUUUGGAGUGACCACUAAAGCCGUAGCUUCGGGGCCGUUCGCUAAGGCUGGCAAUCCCUUCGCUGCUUCUACUAGUGUCAAGGGGCCCUUUGGUGUGUCAACUACGGGCAAGUCUUCCUCGACCAGUCCUUUUGGAGCUAAGACUUCCGAUACUGUUCGUAUAGAGAACGCCACCACAUCGCCGUUCCUUCCGAGGACGUCCAUCAAGAUUCCUGCAGCGCCAGUGAAGGGAGUCGUGCAAGGGAAGGACGAUAAGGCUGAGGGGGUGCCACCGAAACGGUUGGCACCGCCACCACCGCCACGGCCGACGGGUGUACAGUCCCCUCGAGUUGCGAGGAAGAAGCCAGUAGACAAAGUUCCAUUGUUUGAAGGUCUCCGGAUGAAACCUCCCACGCCAUCAGAGGAACCCGAGCGGCCUGCUGUGAAGCCGCCGGCUCCAAAGCCAUCCCCAGUGCCGAUACAGAAGCCUAUAAGCGUUCCCGUAUUCACACCUGCCGCGCCUGCUCCCGAACCCUCCAAACCCCCAGUGCCAAGCUUCCCUACUGCUCCACUGCCCCCGACGCCUGUUGCACCCAUACAACCACCGAAGCCGAUCCCAACGGUGCCUGACUUGGCGCCACCGCCAGUGAAAGCGCCUGCUAUGGUCCCUCCACCACUUCCGAAUAUCAUCAGAGAUGAAUGUGAGGUGUUUAGUGACGAUGAUUAUAUCGACGGCAGUCGCCGACCGCGACGGAAGCGGAAAAUUGAGGAGUCGGUGGUCCCUACGAUGAGCAGUGGUUCCACUGAGGUCGAAGAUGAGCUGCUUAUGGCGGAUUUGCCAGAGGGUUUGCUUGACCGGUUUGAGCAGAUGUCUAUUCAAGACGACAUCGCAGCGUGGAUUGAUCGCGACUCGAUUCGGCGGCUGGAGGAAUCCAAGGUUGAGGAGAAGCGCAGUAUGCAGGAAAUGAACUCUUACCUGGUUCAGAACCUAUUGCGGAAGAGGCGGGCCUUGAUGUGA